UCCUGAAGAUGAAGGGAAACUCUCUAGUAGAUCAUACUGUUUAAGGAAGAAGACUUAACUUUGUAACAUGGUAUUUAUUGCUUUCUAAUAAUUGAAUCAAAGAUGAAUCCAGUGAAUCCCUUCAGCAGUCAGCAGCCAAGUGCUUUUGCAGCAUCUUCUAGUAGUACAGCAGGAGCAUUUCAGUCUAAGUCACUAUUUCGAUUUGGUCAGCCUUCAGUUUUUGGACAAAACAGUACAUUCUCUGGAAAAAGCACAGGAUUUACACAAGUGCCCAGCUUUGGAGCACCCUCUGGAAUAAGUCAUUCUUCGGGGCAAACAUUUGGACUCACCCAGACCUCAAGUUCUGGACUCUUUUCUGGAAUUGAACAUACUCCUCCAUUUGUAGCUACUUCUGGGUCUUCAAGCUCGUCUCUUCCUGGAAACCAAGGAUUUAGUUUUAAAUCACCUACCAGCUUUGGGGCUUUCUCAAAUACUUCUGCGUUUGGAUCAGAAACUGGAGAAGUAGUAAGCUCUGGUUUUGGGAAAACAGAAAUCAGCUUUAAACCUCUGGAAAAUGCAGUAUUCAGACCUAUAUUGGGGGCUGAGUCUGAGCCAGAAAAAACCCAGAGCCAAAUUACUUCUGGAUUUUUCAGAUUUUCCCACCCUAUUAAUAGUGGGCCUGGAGACCUGACUCCUUUUUCUUUUUCCCAGGUGACAAGUAGUUCAGCUACCAAUUCAAAUUUUAUCUUUUCAAGACCAGUUAAUAGUAACAAUUCAUCUUCUCCCUUUACCACUGCUUUGUCAAACCAAAAUGUAGUGGAAGAAAAGAGAGGACUUAAAUCGGUAUUUGGAAGUUGCAAUAGUAACUUCAGUAGUUUCCCUGUAUCUGCUGGAUCUUUGGGAGAACCCUUCUCAGUUAACAAAUCAGGUGUGCGACAGGGGUGCGAAGAGGCUGUUUCCCAGGUGGAACCACUUUCCAGCCUUAUGAAAGGACUGAAAAGGAAAGAGGACCAAGAUCGCUCCCCGAGGAGACAUGGCCACGAGGCAGCAGAUGACUCAGAUCCUCUGUCCAGGGGUGAUCAUCCUCCAGAUAAGCGACCAGUUCGUCUGAAUCGACCUCGGGGAGGGACUUUGUUUGGUCGGACAAUACAGGAUGUCUUCAAAAGCAAUAAAGAAGUAGGUCGCCUGGGCAAUAAAGAAUCUAAAAAGGAAACUAGCUUCAUUGAGUGUGGGGAAAGUGAUCACCUGGCUAUUUCAGGAGGUAGUCAGUCGGUCCUUGCACCUUCCCGGCUUUCUGGUAUGAAUAAAGAGGAAGAAAUGGAAAGUAGAAAUAAAAAAGCCUCCCAAGCAUCUGCAGCCCUGGCUAAGAAGAAGGGGAAAAGUUUCCAUGAGGACGUGACUAUCUUUUGGCACAAGAAGAAAAUAAGUCCCAACAAGAAACCCUUUUCACCAAAGGAGAAGAAAUCUGGGGAUGGUGAAGCCAGCCAAGGCCCAGAAGAUAUGCCCUUCCAGCACUCUCCUCUUGGCAAGGCCAUAGUGAGAGCCAGCGGCCUCCUGAAUAAAAGUUCUCCAGUAAAGAAGCCAAGUCUUCUGAAGGCCCACCAGUUUGAAGGAGAUGCUUUUGACUCUGGGUCUGAGUGCUCCGAUGGCCUGGGACUGUGUGUGCCGUCCCUCAGUGCCCUGAUAGGCACUGUGGCUGAGACAUCUGAGGAGAAGUAUCGCCUACUCGACCAGAGAGACCGAAUCAUGCGGCAAGCUCGGGUGAAGAGGACUGACCUGGACAAAGCGAGGACUUUUGUGGGCACCUGCCCUGACAUGUGUCCUGAGAAAGAGCGGUACAUGCGGGAGACCCGGAGCCAGCUGAGUGUGUUCGAAGUGGUCCCAGGGACUGACCAGGUAGACCAUGCACUGGCUGUGAAGGAGUAUAGCCGGUCCUCAGCAGACCAGGAGGAGCCCCUGCCCCAUGAGCUGCGGCCCUCAGCAGUGCUUAGCAGGACCAUGGACUACCUGGUCACCCAGAUUAUGGAUCAGAAGGAAGGCAGCCUGCGGGACUGGUAUGACUUCGUGUGGAACCGCACACGGGGCAUACGGAAGGACAUCACACAGCAGCACCUCUGUGACCCUCUGACAGUAUCCUUAAUUGAGAAGUGCACCCGGUUUCACAUCCACUGUGCCCACUUCAUGUGUGAGGAGCCCAUGUCUUCCUUUGACGCCAAGAUCAACAAUGAGAACAUGACCAAGUGCCUGCAAAGUCUGAAGGAGAUGUAUCAGGACCUAAGGGGCAGGGGCAUCAUCUGUGCCAGUGAGGCUGAGUUCCAGGGCUAUAACGUUUUGCUCAAUCUCAACAAGGGAGACAUCCUGAGAGAGGUGCAGCAGUUCCACUCCGAUGUUAGGAACUCCCCUGAGGUGCACUUCGCUGUCCAGGCCUUUGCUGCAUUGAACAGUAAUAAUUUCGUGAGGUUUUUUAAACUGGUCCAGUCAGCCUCUUACCUGAGUGCGUGUCUAUUACAUUGCUACUUUCAUCAGAUCCGCAAGGAUGCACUCCGGGCUCUCAGCAUUGCAUAUACUGUGAGCACACAGCGCUCGACUGCCUUUCCCCUGGAUGGUGUGGUGCGCAUGCUUCUCUUCAGAGACAGCGAGGAGGCGACCGACUUCCUCAACUGCCACGGCCUCACUGUUUCUGAAGGCUGUGUUGAGCUGAACCGAUCUGCAUUCCUGGAACCAGAGGGAUUAUCCAAGGCCAGGAAGUCAGUUUUUAUCACCAGGAAGUUAAUGAUGUCGGUUGGGGAAGUUGUGAAUGGAGGGCCACUGCCCCCAGUCCCUCGUCACACUCCUGUGUGCAGCUUCAACACCCAGAACAAGUACGUCGGGGAAAGCCUAACUACGGAGCUGCCUGUUGGCCCCACAAGGCCCAGUGUGGAUGCAGCAGGUGACAGGAAGGGAGAAGAGUGUGGAGCAGGGCCUGAUGUGCCUCUCACAGGCCUCCUCCAGCAGCCUCUCCUGCUCCCUGCACCCGCGCCUGCACCUCUGCCUCACGCGCCACUGCUAAACAUGUCUGUGGCACCGAGCCUCUUUCAGCCCUCCACACAGCCUGAGCUGCUGCCUCCGAAGCCUGUACCUGUGUAUUCUGAUGCGGACCUGGCCCAAGUGGUAGAUGAGCUCAUCCAAGAGGCCCUCCAGAGGGACUGCGAGGAGGUGGGCACGGCUGGGGCAGCUUAUGCAGCUGCAGCUCUAGGUGUUUCUAAUGCUGCCAUGGAGGACCUGCUGGCAGCUGCAACAACAGGCAUUUUGAGGCAUGUUGCUGCUGAAGAAGUGACUAAGGAAAGGGAACGAAAGGAGGAGGAGAAACGGCGGGCUGAAGAGGAAAGGUUGAAACAGGAGAGAGAGCUGGUGUUAACUCAGCUGAGCCAGGGCCUGGCUGCAGAGCUGACAGAACUCAUGGUGACAGAGUGUGUGUGGGAGACUUGCUCACAGGAAUUGAAGAGUGCAGUAGAGAUAGACCAGAGGGUUCGAGUGACCCGCUGCUGUGAGGCUGUCUGUGCCCAGCUGGUGGACUUGUUUCUUGUGGAGGAAAUUUUCCAGACUGCAAAGGAGACACUCCAGGAACUUCAGUGCUUCUGCAAAUAUCUACAGCGGUGGAGGGAAGCUGUUGCAGCCCGGAAGAAACUGAGACGCCAGAUGCGAGCCUUUCCUGCAGCACCCUGCUGUGUGGAUGUGAAUGAUCGGCUGUGUGCACUGGCACCCAGUGCUGAGUGCCCCAUUGCUAAAGAGAACCUGGAUAGAAGCCUCCUGGGCCUGGGCCAUGCAGGGAAAAUGGGCAUCUCCUGUACCAGGUUGAGGCGGCUCAGAAACAAGACAGCUCACCAAUUGAAGGUUCAGCAUUUCCAUCAGCGGCUGCUGAGCAAUGCUGCAUGGGCGCCUCUGGACCUGCCUUCACUUGUGGCCGAGCACCUCCCUUUGAGUCAGGAGCAUGAGUUUUGGAAGCUGGUACUGGUGUUGCCUGAUGGAGAGGAGCAGUUCCCAGGGAGUCCUGGCAGGAUUUUAGCGGAUUGGUUAAAGGUCAAAUUCAUGGGAGAUAAUGGCUCACUUGGUGACACGUGCAGUAAUGCUGGUGAGGUUCAGACUCUCACGAUUUUUAAUGCACUCAGCAGCAAAGAGGAUAAGACCAUUUCUGUCAGUGUGUGUGUAAAGGUGGCUCAUGGUACGCUCAGUGAUGCUGCCCUUGAUGCUGUUGCAACUCAGAAGGACCUCUUGGGAACUAGUGGGCUCAUGCUGCUGCUUCCACCCAGAGUGAAGAGUGAGGAUGCUGCAGAGGAGGACAUGUACUGGCUCUCGGCCUUGCUACAGCUCAAGCAAUUCAUACAGGCCAAGCCCUUCCACCCACCAAUUCCACUUGUGGUUCUUGUGCCUAGUUCUGGAAGGGACACCAUCAAGAAGGAAGUGGAGGAUGGUUUAAUGCUGCAGGACUUGGUUUCAGUGAAACUAAUUUCAGAUUACACUGUUAUUGAAAUUCCUGAUUCUAUUAGUGAUUUACAAGGGACAAAAAAGGUUUCGCGGGCAGUUCAAUGGCUUGUCUCUCGCUGCCCCCAUGCCCUUGACCUUUGCUGCCAGACCCUUACUCAGUACAUUGAGGAUGGGGUUGUCCGUGAGUUUAGUGGUCGUUUUUUCCAUGACAGAAGAGAAAGGCGUCUGGGUGCCCUGGUUUCACAGGAACCUAGCACCAUCAUUGAGCUCUUCAACAGUGUGCUGCAGUUCCUGGCCUCUGUGGUGUCCUCUGAGCAGCUGCGUGACCUGUCCUGGCCUGUCACCGAGUUUGCUGAAGUAGGGGGGAGUCAGCUGCUUCCUCAUCUGCACUGGAAUUCCCCAGAACACCUGGCCUGGCUGAGGCAGGCUGUGCUUGGGUUCCAACUUCCACAGAUUGACCUUCCACCCCCUGGAGUGCCCUGGCUUCCUGUGUGCUCCAUGGUUGUCCAGUAUAUCUCCCAGAUUCCCAGCUCACGCCAGACACAACCCAUCCUGCAGUCCCAGGUGGAGAACCUGCUCUGCAGAACAUACCGGAAGUGGAAGAGCAAGAGCUCCUUCCCAGGCCAGGGGGUAGGGCCCUCGGUUGCUGAGAUCCCAUGGGAUGACAUCAUUGCCUUGUGUAUCAACCACAAGCUGAGGGACUGGACACUCCCCAGGCUGCCAGUCACAACAGGUGCACAGAGUGAGGAUGGUCAGAUAUGUGUGUAUUUUUUUAAAAACCAUCUGAAGAAAUACCAGGUUCCUUUGUCAUGGGAACAAGCCAGAAUGCAGACACAGAAGGAGCUACAGCUGAGUCCGGGAUGUUUAGGAAUAAAGACUUUUCAUCCUUCUGCACGCAAGUUUUCCACUCCGCUGCUUCAUGUGCAUUGUAAAGAGCUGAGGAAUGCAGAUAGCUGCCAACUGGGGCGAAGUCUCAGUGCAGAAGAUCUGGUGCGAGGAGCUUCUACUGAGGAGCUCCUGGCAGAGUGUCUGUCUAGCAGCCUGCUGCAGGAGAAAGAGGACAGUAAGAGGUUUGAAGAUCAGCUUCAGCAAUGGCUGUCUCACGAUUCUAGAACAUUUACAGAUUCAACUUCUCUACCCCUCUACCUUCCUCAGACACUAGUUUCCCUUCCUCAAACUAUUGAAGCUGUGGUAAAAACGUCCACAACCAGUAGCCCACAGAAUGCAAAAACAAGGGAACAACAAUUGCAGCUGUCAGAAGCAACAGAUACAUCUCUGACAGGACGAAUAAAGCACUUGGAACAGCUGAUCCAGAGUUCAAGGGAAGAGGAAGUUGCCUCCAAGUUCCAUCUGUCUGUACUACUCGACAUGGUAGAUACAUAAGCAGCCUGACCUGAGGGGAGGUCUUCUCUCCAGAAGAAUUUGUGCUUUUAUUCAAAAUUAUGUUAUUCUCAGAUGCUUGAUGUACAGUUAUUAAUCAUGCUGGUAAACAAUUUAAAUGCUAUACCUAUUUUCAGAAUGGAAUACUGUUUCCCAUUGUGACAUCUUUGGUAUUCUUGUUUCAUGAUCUUAGACUGUCCCAACAGCACAUGCUCUGAGGGAAUUUGCAGCUUACAUUUCCAUUUGUAAUAAGUGAUUAAUUCAGCAGUCUCAGCGUGUGAUGUCACUGACAGCCUCUGUGGGCCAGGCCCAUCCAACUCACAUUAAGCCAAUAGAUAUAUACAUGGAUAUGUAUUCAUAGAUUGGAAGCAGGGAAAGAUGGAAAAGUGAUGUGAUAAAAGUCCAGGGGCAACCCUUCGAUUAUGUGGUUAAAUGAGAGGCCUCAAGGUCAACCAUUUUCUGAGUGUUAUGAGAACCAGUUCUUGGAGGACAUUAGGCAGAAAAGAAACAGUUAUAUUUUCUCUUAAAAAUGGCAUCUCUUGGGAGUGUUGGAGCGAUCUGGGUCAAAAAAGGGUGUAAUCCUGAGUUUAUUACCAGUUUGUAUGGAGAGGAAAUAAAUUUGAGCCAUAUACAGAAUGGUAUAAAUAAACUUAAGUAAUGUUGA